AUGAGUAAUCAAGCUCUGUUCGAGAAACUGUCUCAAACUUCUGAAUUACUGAGUGUAAAACUUGCACAACUGAUUAGGCUCUCAUCCUUGGAGAAUAUCGAUGAUAAUGACGACGAUACAAACAGCCCUAAUGAGGGUUCAACGUUGGGAAAUACAUUGACAUCAGAGACCGACAUAUCGGUUGCUACGUCUGGUGUUAUGCUGGUAAAUAGCCAAACAAUGCAACUGGUCAAGGGUGUUCAAGAUUUGUUGCUCCUGACAAGAAACAUUAGGGAAAAAUGGAUACUGAAUCAAAUUCCUGAAAAAACGGAAACUGAGGUUCCAGCUAUUAAUUACGAAGAAUUGGAUGGUUUACUUGAGAAAUGUAUGGAAGAGAUAAUUGGUGAAGCAAAUUUAUAA